UCCGCUUUCUCGAUGCCCAAUGUUGGAGAGUAAUGGCGGCGUGCCGGGGAUCCUCGUCGAAAUGGUUUUUCACCCGGGAACAGCUCGAAACAACGCCGUCCCGUCGAUGUGGAGUCGAACCAGACCGAGAGCUCUCCUACCGGCAACAAGCGGCAAAUCUGAUCCAAGAUAUGGGUCAGAGACUCAACGUCUCCCAACUAACAAUAAAUACAGCCAUUGUUUACAUGCAUAGAUUUUAUAUGAACCACUCCUUCACCAAAUUCCACAGGAAUAUAAUCUCUCCAACCACCUUAUUCUUGGCCGCAAAAGUGGAAGAGCAACCUCGGAAACUCGAACAUGUGAUCAAAGUGGCACAUGCUUGCCUCAAUCCCCAAGAAUCGCCUCUAGACACAAAGAGUAAUGCAUACCUCCAGCAAGCUCAAGAGCUGGUGAUACUUGAAUCCAUAGUGCUGCAGACCCUGGGCUUUGAAAUUACUAUUGAUCACCCACACACUGAUGUGGUGAAAUGUUCCCAGCUAGUGCGAGCAAGCAAGGAUCUGGCACAGACUUCCUAUUUCAUGGCUACCAACAGUCUACACCUCACUACGUUCUGCCUCCAGUACAAACCCACAGUGAUCUCCUGUGUGUGCAUCCACCUGGCCUGUAAGUGGUCAAACUGGGAGAUCCCAGUUUCCACUGAUGGGAAACACUGGUGGGAGUACGUGGACAACUCGGUCACCCUCGAGCUGCUUGAUGAGUUGACCCACGAGUUUCUGCAAAUUCUGGAGAAGACGCCCAGCCGGUUAAAGAGGAUUCGCAACUGGAGGGCAACACAAGCUGCCAAAAAGCCAAAGGGUGACGGCACAUCGUUGAAUGACAACUCCUUUGCCGGGCCUUCCAUGCUCCAAGAUGAUGCAUCACUCCCUGGUGGCUCCUGCAACCCAAGUUUUUCCAAGGCAGGCGCUGCCUUCAUGUCUGGCCCCUCCGGGGAUGGACCCCUGUCUCUGGAAUCCUUGGCUGGCUCGUACAACCCAGCCAGCCACAGCGAGUGGCCCCUGGGUAACCAGAGCCAAGCUGGGUAUGCUACCUCCAGUAUAAAACAGGAACCCCUCAGCAUCCCUCUGCAAGAGCCCUCCCUGCUUCUUAAUGCGCCGGUAUACAGGACUGAUAAAACACUGGACUUCAUACCUGUCAAACAGGAACAAAAAGGAGGACAGCCUCCUCCACCACAACCGUCUCCAGCUCAGAAGCUGUCUCUGGACAGAUACAGAGAGAAACAAGCAGCAGAGCAGACUGUCUCCGGGCAUAAACGCAGCCAGGAACAGCAUGGAGGAAUAAUGGAUUGUGACGGGAGGGGGGACAUGUUAUCUUCCUCCUCUUCUACCUAUGCACCCGCGAGCCAAGUAGACCAUAGAAAACAUUCACAGCCCCACCAAACAUCCCACGGUGUUGGUGGAGGCACCACUGCCUCCCCGAUGAAAAUUAAAGCUCCCUCCUCAACUUCAGGGCAAGAAAGACGUCAUCAUAGUGACAAGCGGGACAAAGGCUCACUCAAGCUCCGCCUGGCUGUCCCCGGGUCUGGUGGGGGCUACCAGCUGGACAAAGGCGGACUGCCAAGCAAAGACGAGCUCAAGAUGAAGAUAAAAGUCUCAUCAUCGGAGCGCCACAGCUCAUCGGACGAAGGCAUGGCGGCCAACAACAACAACAAGAGCAAACAUUCCAGCCCUCUGGUGAUUAAGGAGAAACAGCACCGUGGAGCAGAUCACCUCCAUCGCCACCACAAGCACAGUCAUCCUCACACACACAGCGGGAACGGCGGGGGAGGCCCGCUACGGGGGCUGCCGGGCAUGGAAGGGCCCAUACUCGCUCCUCCAGGAUCCCUGUCUUCCUCAUCGCGCAAGAGGGCGUACCCCGAGGCCGGCCACAACAACCACCACCCUCCCUCCUCAUUCUCCACUUCAUGCUCCAAAGUGAGCAAAAACUCCAAGGGUGGCACAGUUGCUGCAGGUACUACAUAUUUUUCUUUCCCCUUUUCUCCUCCUUGCUCCUCUCCUGUACUGCAGUGUGUCUCGUCUGGCUUGCAGCUCUAUGGCUAACCUCCCCCCUCCCUCCUCCUUAUUCUUGUUUCUCCUCCUCCUCCCCUCCUGUCACACCCAGGUGGGCUGCGGACCUCUCAGCAGUACCCUCCUCCUCCUAAUGAAUCGCCACAUGAAGUGGGAGAGCAGAGACACUGAAAGACCCCUCUCUGCAGCCAUGGCCCAAACUACCCACAGCUCAGACUAUGAAGACUAUGCUCCCUGUUAAGUGCCCUGUGAAAAAUAACUCUUUAUGUCAUGAUAAACCCUUUACUGAAUGGCAGAAACGCGUAUCUGCAAAAAAAAAAAAAAGAUAAGUAUUGUUGGACCUCUCAAUUUCUGAGACAAGAAAGAUGAAAAAAAUUAUGCUUCCUGACCGUCAGAUCUCUGGGCCCUAAUGCUCAGUCCUUUCUUUCUGUUAGUGUUGAAUUGCUGCUUGGUUCUCCUUCCUCAAAUGAGUCUCGGAAUGUGCAAAGUUGGGUGAAUGUGUGCGUUUUCAUCGAGGGGAAAGUACUUCCCUGCAUUUCAGAUCUCAGUAUGGGAAAAAGUACUAUAAGAGGCACGGAAGGUGCUCUUUCUUCCUUCUUUUUUUUAAUGAUUAAUUUAAUUGAAUCCCAUUUCUGCGGUUGUAUGUAGGAAGGCAGUGACCAGCUGGAGAGGAGUUCAAGUUAUGAAGUUAUGUUAGCUGGCCUUCCAAUUAAUACUGUUGAUGGAUGCAACUUUAAUUUUUUAGGUGUGAAUUUUCAUCUCCUCAAUCUCUUUCUUGUCUUGAUUUAUUUUUUAUACUUUAGUACUGUGCGUAUGAUUUGCAUGUUUCAAUCAUCAAAGGGAUUUAAAAGGAGAAUACGUACUUGCUGUUUACAGAAAGUGGAGAUAAAUGUACAUACGUUUUUGUAUGUUUAAAGAAAGAAAAUAUGACUACUCAGGUUUGGAGCUGCUUGUAAGUAUAACAAGAUAACUAUAAUACCUAUAAAAUACUUUUAUUUUGUUGAUCAACGGAUUGGGUGUCAUCCGGUGAAUGAUUGCAGCGUCCCAGUGGCGUGUGCUUCUUACACCUUCCUGAAGGGGGUGCUGUUCUGUGCUUUUCAUCACAGGGAAUAUCAUUUGAUGCCCUCAGUGACACAGGCACAUCCAACACCUACUUAUUAUAACAUCAGUGAUGCAAUUUCUACCAAAAACAUUUUUUUUCUUUACCUAUAAGUAGACCUUUAAGCUGGAUGCCAAAGGUUGUGCCUCAAAAAGACAAACAACUGACAAAGACAGUAGUAGUGUGCUAUUAAAGUUUACAUAACCCUUUUUACUUUGAAGUGUAUCACAUAAUUUCAUGACGUGAAGCUGUUGCCUUUAGAUGUCAGCCCUUAAAUGGGAUACAUGUAAGUAUGAUUCAAUCAGCCAAUAACAUGGUACUAUAUAGAAAAAAAAACAUCAAACCGGGACCAAUUGGCCAUAUGCAACCAAUAACCGCUGGAUAUUUUGGCAUCUGCAAUGUUAACACCCCAACUAGGUUUUGUCUUCAUCCAACUGGUUAAAUUGACAUUUACAGCCAUGUACCUGUCCGAACAUGUCUUCAGUUUCAUACAUUAAACUCUGCAAUGUUCUCAAAUCUUGACCCCUUCUGUUUUUCACUUGGUCUCUUUGUGCAAAGUACUCAAGGCUGGAUUGGUGGUACCUUCGUUAGGGAUUUAGGGCACACAGCAAAGCAGUUGAGGACAAAUAAGCAUAACCCCCCUCGUCCUUUUUUCUCAUUUUCAUUUCAAUAUUAUGAAUAAACUUCAAAGUUGCCAUUA